GAAGAUGGUGUAGACAAUAUACAUUCUAAGUAGGAGAGCCACGAAGAUGGAAGGCCCCACAGUCAACUCCAUAAGCAACAUGGAUGCUGCUUCUGACAAUUACAAUACAUUUCCAGAAAGAGAAAUUCAGACCCAAUGUCUUGCUGAACUGAAGUGCAAUCCCUCCCUUACAGAAGGUAAUCAAUCACAAGCUCCAGAAAAGCCUACACCUGCUGUCCCACCUGAAGAAGCUAGCAUGCCUGAAACUGACUCAAACAUCUCAAACAACACAAUACUUCAUGAAGCAGCUAGUGACAAUCCUAGCAAUACAAAUACUGUUGAAUCUUGUGUUUCCAACUCUGAUAUUUUGCCUGUUGCAUCUUUAAAUACCUCAGCUUCUAUAGCUAUGCCACCUGCUCCCUCUGUGUCCAAAUCUGGAGUUGAAAAGGUUGCACCACCUGAAUCAGUUAAAAGUUCACCAGUGAUAAUUACAUCAGUUUUUAAAGCAAGCACACCCCGUAUCACAGUCACUAAAUCUCCCAUUGUAAGUGCUCCAUCCAACACUCCUGUGGUUGCCACUCCAACUGCCUCUGCCAAACCUGCAGCAGUAGCAGUUGCAUCUGCCCCUAGACGCUCGUGUAGGGCUCGUCGCAUAAAUUCACGUUUUGAUUUGGAUGAAGUUGAUGAGAGCUUCAAGCAGCUAGUGGCAAGAAUAGCUGCUCCUGAUAGCCACAGUAUACUCCAAAGUCCUGAACUUGCUUUUCAUUCCCCUGCCCCACCACCUCCCGUCACCAUUCAUUCCACUGUUCCUUCUAGUGCCCCUCAUAGCACUUCUGGUGAGGAGCCCUCAAUCCCUCAGAAGCCAAUGGCCAAAAAAUUUUCAAAAAAAUCUAAUAAGCUAACACAAUCCUUUGAGACCCAAAAAAGUGCUCAAGUCUAUACCAGUAAUGGUCCAAAAUUACCUAAAAAAGUCAAGCCUGGAGCAUUGCAUCUCAAAACAAAAUUGGUACAGGAAAAGAGCUCCUUUGGAUCUGACUCAGAUGAUGAUGUUCCCUUAGCCCAUUAUGCUGGUACAUCCUCCAUGUCAGAGGUUAAUGAUACACCAACACAGUUUUCAACAAAACUUAAGGAACUGUCGUCUCAAAUCCCUCAUGUGAACUGUGCCUUUCCCAGCAAAUAUUCAAUCAAAACCAUCCAUAACCCUGAACUAUCCAGUACUCCAAUUAGCAUCGUGUGUAUUGAAGAUCCUGAUGAAGCUGAAGAAUUGGCCAAGUUCUCUGAUUCAAAGCGAGCUAAGAAGCAGGCCAAAGGCAGCAAAGUUGUGAGAAAAACAAAGGGAGGAGAUAUAAGCGUAUCAAGAAUGGCCAACGGUAUUGAUAAAGCAUCUAAGAAUUUUCCUACCAAGUCUGCCCGAAAAAAGAAUUUUGAGUUAGAAAAGUUGAAGGAAAAAUUGAACUCCACCGUUGCCUCUGGAAAGUUAUUGAAGAUAGUUAACCUGAAGGUCGUACCUAAUUCAAUAGCAAGCAUCCCUCAAGGCAAACAACCGAGUGAGAUUGCUGAUAAACUGCCAUUGGACAAAUCUAAAGCUUGCAGAAGUGGGCUUCAUGAACUGCAUGACGGAGGCAAUAGCAGAGAUACUCGAAUUACAAGUCCACAUAGCGAGGAAACUUUAACUGAUUCGCAUGACCACAUGAAAUCUGCACUCCCAAUCAACCAAAACCCCGUCUUGUCAGAACUUGUUAACAACACGGCCACUAAUCCUCAUUCUCCGAUCAAGAAAGAAAACUUCAUAACCAGCUUUUCCUCAGAAGAAAAUUCGGGAAAUGUUAAAUUAUUAAAAAGUACAGAGACUCAAGAAAGCAUGGUAAAUAAUACUCAAGGUCCUUGUAAACAGGAAAUUUUAGAGCCCCAUAAUUACAAAAAACGAAGAUCCUUUGAUUUAUCAACAUCUAAUAGUAAAAAAAUUAAAUACGAGUCUGACGGUGACUCAAUUAACUGUAAGGCGAACGAAGAGCAAUUUAGUGGCGACUGCACUGCGUCCAGACUGAAUAUUGCGCCGAAAAAUGAAAAAGAAUUUACCGAUGAUUCAAGUUUUAUAAAACAUUCUGGAAGGACCCCGUCGCCGACUCUAGACGCUCCUGAGCAAAAAGUUGACUUGUCAAUUGUUCGUGACACUAGGACCCAAACUGGCAUUGGAGCCGGCGAAGACGAUGUCAAAUAUUCUGCGAUAUCGUCACCCAAGCUCGAAAAAGUUAGGGAUGGUUAUAAAAAAUCUUCACCCAAUCAGUCUCCUAGCGUACAUCGGUCAUAUAGCAAUCGGACAUAUAAUCAGUUGCCAUCAUCCUCUGAUACACCAGAUACAACUGACAAUAUUGAUUACAAAAGGAAGAGAAUUAAAAUGUCGCCACCUGACUCCAAAGAUGACGUAAAACCCGAUCUUUUGAUGACAAAAAUCAUCGAAGGAUCAGGAAUUGAAGCCAAACCAGUUCUAUCAAACUCGGAUUCUACUAAUUUCCAACCGUUAUCAGUGAUAUCAAGUAAAAACAAUGACGAUUCCUAUGAAAAUGGAAGUAAUUCUUUUAAGAAAGAGCCGGUAGAUUGCGAUGCACCGAAUUUUGUCUCGUCACUUGAUCCUACAGGGCCUCUCAGCUCCACUCAAUCCAUAGCUGAACCAGGUGGUCGGCCGAAGGAUGACAGGAAAGAUGACAGUCGCGAACGAAGGCAUGGUAGUGGUCACAAGAGCUCCCAUUCGUCCAAAGACAAACACCGCCGCGAUAGUUCUAGGAGUAGAUCAAGUUCAAGCAGAAGUUCCGAUAAAAAGACUGAAGAUUCGCGACACAAGUCGCGGCAUGAUCGCUCUCGCCACGAGGAUUCUCGGAGAAGCAGAGAUCACAAGUCUUCUCGCCGAGACAGCGAUGGCAAGCGAAGCCAUGAUGGUCGGGACCGGAGAGAAAAAGACCGUGAACGACGUAAUCACGACCGGAAGCGGGACCAUGAGAAGAACGACUCGAGCUCAUGUAAGAAUAAUGUUGGUUUAUCUGAGCCAAUCAUUUCAGAUGAACCCAAGCUUGAUGUAAAUGCACAUAAAGAAAUUUUAACUCGUGCAGAAGAUUCUACAGUACAUCAAGAAAGCAGGUCACCGAAUCACGUCGUGUCAUCUUCAAAGGAUUUCGUUCCCUGCUCGAGUGUCGAUGUGGAAUCGAAAGAAAUUAAUCGGACUUGUUUAAAUCCUUCAUUAAAAUAUGAAAAUUUGAGCUGUAGUGACGAGGGUCGCUCUGUAAAAGUGGUUGAAGCAAGUCAAGAUGCCAAGUGUGAUUUGUCAUUCACCAGUAUUCCUCGCAGUAAAGACCUCAAGCUCGAACUGGCGGAUGCUUCAGACGCCAUCGCGACGUUACCAAAGAUCUCCAACGACGCCGUAGUAAUAAGUCGCUGCAGUAAUUCCUCAGGUUGCUCUCAGGAUGUUAAUAGGGAUUUAAAACCCGAAAUUUUGAUGUCAACUGUUUCGCUUAAGCCCUCCAACAGUAGCGAAGCCAAAUACUCGGAAACAGAAAGCAAGCCACUCCCUGAGAAAAGCAUUGCACGUGCUUCAAUACAAACGAAAGAAGAAGUUUCAUCAGAGACCUCGUCAACACGGGAUACAAUUGAUAAUCCGGUUACUCCACCAUCGCUUCCCGAUUCUAAGCCAUUGAUGAACGUGAUGGAUCUACUCAAUUUAUGUCGAGCUAACAUCCCAAACUCUUCUCGUGAACCGUCGGACUCUCCUCCAGGCGAAAAAGCCGAUGUCAAUACCAACACUUUCGUAUCUGAUAUCGCUGUUCCAGAUUCUCCAAACAACAAAACCAGUAUGGGCGCUUUGCCAACAGAUUCGGUACCGUCACAUCUGCCGAAUGUAAUGCCUGUUUUUAACAGUCAUUCCACACCAGAUUUUCCUCUGAAAUUGCCCCUUAAUGCAAUGGGGACCAAUCCUGUCGGUAUCUCUACCACUGAAGAUUUCGAGGCCAGCAAGGCUAGAGCCCAGCAACGUCUUCGAGAAUUGGGUGCCAGCAGCGACAGCGAUGUUUCACCCGAUUCUAGCAUGAGAAAGAGAAGUCCACCUUAUCACGAAAAUACUCUAAAUGAUGCGGCUGUACAUGUCAGGAAGCUUGAUGUGGACGAAAAGUUAGAAGACGUGUAUAAACUCGCAGCAAGAGAAGCAUGUAGUUUGCAAAAAGAUGUAAAUUUUGAGUCGGGUAAGCUGUCGAACUCGUUUGAUGUCCCAGGUGAUUUAGUUGGUGAUGUACCAGCAGAUAAGGAUGAUUCUCCGUAUAUCGCUUCUCCCGAACCUAAGGUUGAAGAAACUCCAGAGGAGAGAGAGAAGCGUGAAGAAGAAGAGCGUCGGCUUGCUGUGGAGAAGGAAGAACGUAACAAAGCUGUAGUGGAGGCGCGUUUGAAUUCCUACGUUCACUUGAAGGAGAAUCUUUACCUCAUCGACCGCAAGAAGAGCAAGCAAAGUAAGGAAGUUCGGCGAAUGGUGUGCGACUGUUUCCUGACCAAGGAAGAGCUUGCGAAUGGAGAGAAGGGGUGUGGGGAGGAUUGUCUCAACAGACUCCUCAUGAUUGAAUGUGGGUGGCGCUGUCCGCUAGGAGACGCGUGCCUGAACCGUCAGUUCCAGACCUGCGCCUACGGUCCCGUCGAGGUCUUCAAUGCCGAGGAGAAGGGCUGCGGCGUCCGCGCCACGAGUCUCAUCGAACCAGGGACGUUCAUCAUGGAGUACGUGGGUGAAGUGUUCGACCAGCGCGAGUUCCGUCGCCGACGCAAGGAUUACGGCAAGGACGGCACCGCGCAUUUCUACUUCAUGGCCCUCAAGGCGGAUCAGUUCAUCGACGCCACCAGGAAGGGGAACAUCUCGAGAUUUGUUAAUCACUCAUGCGACCCCAACGCCGAGACGCAGAAGUGGACCGUGAACGGAGAUCUUCGAAUCGGAUUCUUUGCCACCAAGUUCAUUCGUCCUGGCGAGGAGAUCAACUUUGACUACAGGAUGGAGAGAUACGGACGUGAGCCCCAGAAAUGCUACUGUGGAACAGCCAUCUGCCGUGGCUGGUUGGGUGAACCGCCAGACGAAAAGACAAAGGAAGAGAAGGAAGAGGAGAAGAAGAAGCUUGUCUCUUCUGAUAAGAGGAAGAAGGAAGAGAAGAAGCACUUCGACGACGAGCUUCUGGAUGACGUGUCUGAACUGGCGCGUGUUGGCUUACGCAACAAGCGUGACACGUUACUGCUGUCACGAGUGAUGGUGCGUGCCGAGACAAACGCCGUACGUAUGCAGUUGUUGUCGCUGCUUUGUGCCGCGUCAGCAAACAUGCCCUGCCUUCGACUCUUCAUGGACUACCACGGCCUCAGCCUCCUCUGGUCCUGGAUGGCUGAUCUCAGCACGGCUCUGCAACACGCGCCACUUAAAUUAAAGAUCCUGAAUGCACUGGACAUUCUGCCAAUCACAAACCGGACGCAAGUGUCAGACAGCCGUGUCAUGGAGAUGGUCGAGAAGUGGAGUAAGCAACUCCCGCCUCCCCCUCCAGCUGUCGCCCCUGCAUCUGCUGUAGCUGUCGUGGACGGCUCACCCACGCACACAGUUGCAGAAAAGAGAAAAAAUAUUGAUGACGGCGUUGAAGACGAUGAUAGCAGCCAACUAAGCUCUGACGACAACAGUAAACAAGGUUCUGAUGAGAACAGCAAGCAGUUCCUCAGCCCUGAAGAUAACAGCAGCGACUCAAGUAUUUCUACUGGGAAGAACAAGCCAACUGCAAGUGCUGGAGUGUCAGUCCCUGAGGAGUCGUCUAGCAACCUCGCUUCAGAACCUGAUGAUUCCCAAUUGAGGAGAAUACAGCUCGAGAUGGUGGAGCUGGCGCUGAAGCUACUGGAGCGAUGGCAGGUGCUCAAGGAGGAGUUCAGAAUCCCGAAGAAGCAGCGAGUGGAGCUCAUGAAGGAACACGAGAGGGAAGUGGAGGCUGGGUACAGACGGUACCUCGACACUGAACGCGGCAAGAGAGAAACAAAAGACAGAUAUGGGCGAAGUUCCUACGACAACUGGCGCUGCAAAGUACCAGUGCUGGACUCCCAUGGCAAGGCACAGCGCUGGCCCAGCAAUGACGCCAUCUCCAUCAUGAUGAACAGCGAGGAGUUUGCUGGGCUCUCCAAGGAAGAGCGACGCGAGAAAUUUGCUCAGAAAGUGGCGCAAGAAGACGAGCAACGACGCCUUCAGGAGGGCAUGUGGAGCGUGCACGUAGAGCGCUGUGGGCGCAUAGGGCUUGACCCAUACCACUCCCCCAUCGUGGACCCUUCAGGACAAUACUAUUGGGACGCUAGCAAUUCCACCUGGGUCCCACUUACGCCUGAGACGGCUUACGCGGCGGGCAUCAUAAGUCCGGCUAUAGCUCAGCAACACGGUGUCCCUGUGACGGGGAGCUUUGGCAUUCCCGGCGUGGACGCGUCCAUGGUUUAUGACCCCAACUCCCCUCCUGUCCUCAACGGCAAGAUCCUGCCACCGGUGGUGGUGACCGUCAAACUGCCUCCUCACUGGCACAUAGCCAGGGAUCAGUUCAACAGGGUUUAUUUUUACCACAACCGCAGUCGGCAAACUCAGUGGGAGAUUCCUACCACCGAGACCAAGACCACCGUUCAGAUCAGUGACUCUGAGUCGGACUCUACCAGCAGCUCUUCUGAUAGUGAAGAAGAGUUCUCGAGCGACGAAGAUGAUGCGAACGAUGACGAGGCAGCCAAGGCGAAGAGCGCCGCGGCAGAUGCUGACGAUGCUGAGGCCGCCGUCGAGGGCAAGAUAAUACGACGGCAGCGCGGCAAGAAGAAACACUCAGAAGCCCUCGUGCAGCAGCGCGUCAUCAGCCCAAUACGAGAGCUGGACAGAGAGUUGGCUCGCAAAGAGCGACGUGAGGCGAAGGAGCGAGCUAAGCACGAGGCUCGUAAGGAACGUCAGUACCAGGAGCUCAUGGUUCCUGCUGACGAUGAAGACGAGGACGACGUUUAUGAUGGCGCCUCAGACGACGUGCUUCUCAGCCGCGUCGCGCAUCACGCCAGCAGAGACAAGCUCAAGACUAAACUUCAGCCGGAAACUUUCCGCAGUAAAGAGCGUGCAGCCACAGCCAUCGCGGACAACAGCGAACGUGCGCGCAAGAUUAAAGACUUGUUCAGGUCGCGCAUGGCCACCUUCAUCGUGUCUGUGCUCAACCCAUACAGACGAGCCGACUGCAAGAAAGCUCGGAUAAACACCACCGACGACUUCAAGUAUCUUGCCAGAAAACUGACGCACUUCGUAAUGGUGAAGGAGCUGAAGCAGCUGCCCAGCAUAGAUGACCUGGACUGCAGUGAGAGCGUCAAGCAUAAGACCAAGGACUUUGUUAGAAAAUAUAUGGCUAAGUAUGGUACAUCUUUCAAGCGUGAUCCUCUGGAUACUAAAGAAUAUUGAUAUUUUACCUCCUCUUACCCUAACUUAGUUUGGUAAGAAUAGUACGUGAUGCGAGUGGUUAACCUCACUUUCAUGAUCAGAGCCCGUCAAGUAAGAGUAGGUACUGUUAAAAACUAGUUUUAUUUAUGUGUGAUGCCUCUGUGGCUUUUAUUUGUGACAGAUACAUAGUGUUUAUGGGUGUGAAUUGUUAUUUAUAAUCUAGCACCUUUGUCUGCUGCUCCCGUUGCAUGUACAGCUUUCACUGCCUAAAAUAAUUUUGUUGAAAGAAUAUGCAAUUUAGUAUUUGACGUGAUUCUGAUAUCAGGGGUUUGUAGCAUCUAUGAUUUGAUUCCGCACCCCGAAAUUGCUAUAAUUGCUCUUAUAUUUGUGUCACAAAGAAAAAUUGUUUUUGAUUUGACGAAAUUUGUAUAUAUAUUAUGUACAUAUGAGCAUUAUUUUUAUGCCUUAAUAAAAACUUGGAAAUAC